AUGCCGGUGCCAUACAUCGACACACCGCGAACCGAGAUAGACGGUAACGCGACUUAUUUAACGAACGGACUUCGAAGCGCCUACCGUGGCAAUCUAUCUGCUUUAGACUCGGUCGAAAACUCAUUUCAGACGCCUUCGAAAGAUGGGGAUAUCAUCAAGACUUUGGAGGCUCGGCGGCACGCAACCAAUGGAGCGACAACGCAGACACCGCGCGUAUCUGGCACCGGAGCAAGAAUUUCACGCAAUUCUCUCGGGGAUAAACGGACACUGCCAGCGAAUGCGCCGCCAAAAGGCGAAUUCACACCCAUGAUGCGAAGCGUGACACGCAACAACUAUCUUCGAAAUAUGUCGGCAGUGAGAGGCAGCGGUGUUCCCAAGACUCCAGCAUAUCUUAAAGAUGGCUAUCGAAGUAAUGGAAACACGCCGGGACUACCGCCAAUCGAUGCGACCAACAUAUAUGAGGACGGUGGAACCUCUUCAAUGGCCAUGGACGAUAUCACGCCUUUACCUCAAGUCGCUAGCAGCAGCCCUAACGGUACACCACUACCAUCAUUUUCGCGUAAAGGCGGUGCUGGAGGAGUACUGGAUUCCGACCAAAAUAUGCUUUCAUUGAAAGAGCAAGAAAAUGCUAUCAACAAACUCGACAAGGAAAAUUUCGGUUUAAAGUUAAAAAUCCACUACCUAGAAGAGCAGCUCAAAAAAGCUGGUCCAGGAUACAACCAGGCAGCACUCAAGGAAAACACAGAGCUCAAAGUCGCGAGAAUCACGAUGCAGCAGGAAAUAGCACGAUACAAGAAAGGUCUACAUCAGGCCGAGCGUGACUUGGAGGCAUAUCGCCUACAGCUUCAAGAACUCCGAGAAAAAGCUAAGCGGAGACAAGCCGACGAAGCCAUACAGCGAGAAAUAGAAUAUAUGCGUGAAGAGAUCGCAACUCGCGAGGCUCAAGUCAACAACCUACAGGAGGAGCUACGCAAUGUCAAGGACAGAGAUUCUGACGAGGUGGAGCGCUUGCGUGACGAAAUUGUCGACCUUGAGACUACCCUACGCGAAAAAGAUCGGAUUAUCGAUGCCAAGGACGAGGAGAUUGAGACCUUGAAGGAAGAUGAAGGCCAGGACAGCAAUGCUGUUGCUGAACUGGAAGCCGAGCUCGAGCGGGCAAAACAACAAUUGGAGGAAUUCCAGGACGAUCUCGAAAAGGCCAAGGCUGACGCGCGUGAAGCGAAUCGUAAUCGGGAGCAAGCCAUUGAGCAAAAAGAUAAAGCGGAAGAUAAUCUACGAGAGCUUCAAGAUGAGAUGGCAAACAAGUCGUUUUCCACCAAAGGUCUCAGUCGUCAAUUCGAAGAAAGGGCUGAAGACCUCGAAAAGGAGCUCACUCAGCUUCGUGACGAAUACAACGAUUUGAAAGAAGAUUACGCCGCGAAAGAACGCCGAGAAGAGAUGCUUGAAGGACAACUUGAGGAGAUUCAACAAGAACGCGCGGUUGAAUUGGACUCCCUUCGCGACAAAGCCGAUAGUGCUGAGCAGUACCUUGCGGAGCGAGACGAAGCUUUAGGCAGGUUGAAGGAGGUUCUUGACGAUCUAGAUCGCAAAACUGAUGAGAAAGAGCUCCUUCAGACCCGCCAUCACGCUCUAACAGAUGAAUCGGCUAGUUUACAGAGGGAAUUAGCAAACGCCCAGUCUACUAUUCGACGCCUUGAGCAAGAAAUUGAAGACGAAAAACAACGUGGCAUGGAUAACAAUCACGAACUCCGCACUCAACAUCGAGAAGAAAUAGAACGACUAAGCGAGGAGAUUGUGUCUUUGCAUCAGGAGAUCGAGGACAAGGAAGGACAAUUUGCACUCGAACAAGAUCGCUGGGAAAGUGCGAAACGUACAUUGCAGUCGCAAAAGGAUAGGGCCGAGGAACAAGCGGCGGGUUUUAAACGUACAAUUGAGAAGCUUCAGGAUGUCGAAUUGACCGUUUCCGGCCGUGCAGCAAAACUUCAGGACGUGAUUGAUAGCGAAAAGGAUCGUCACUUACAAGAGGAGGCCGUCUUGAGUCGCCAAAUUAAGGAACUGGGCGACGACAUCGCGUCAAAGAGACAAAUUGUUAGCGAACAGCGAAGUGAAAUGCUUACAAUCAAGGAAGAGCUUCGAGUCAGUCGCCGCGAAGAAGAGGUUUUCAGAGAAAAGGUGCAAGCCUUGGAAGACGAAAUUGCCAUUCUACGAGCAAGUCUGCAGGAAGAAAAGGAAUACUCGAAAGCCAAGACUCUUCAAGGAGUACCUGGCCAAGAAGGUCAACUUCAGAAGGUUAUAAGUGAGCGUCAAAAUCUGCGAGAUCAGCUUGCAAGUGCAAACGUUGAACUACAUAAUUUGCGCACGUCCACCGCUGAAGCCGAAGCCGAGCGCGACUUGUUGCAGAAUGAGCUCAACCAGAUUCAGAGCAAAUCAAAUGGAAGCAACGACUUUGACCAUGAAAAGGUCGAACUCCGCAAGGCCAAGCUUCGUCUCGAGAAUGAGCUUCAACGGCUAAAAGAAGAAAAGACAUCGUUGGUAGCUGCACGAAAAUCAAUUGAAGAUGCAUUAAACGCGGAGAUUGAGCGUUCCACAGCAGAGGAAAACCGAUUAUCGAGUGAAUUAGUCCAGUUACAAGAUCAACUGCGCGCUAGCUCGACAGCUCGAGAUCGAGAGUUGACCAUGGCAAAGAGCCAAGUCCGCCAAUUGGAAAGGAGGAUCUCGGAGCUUGAAGCCAUGGCCGAGCAUCAACAACCAGUCAAUGUGGAAGGUUCAUCAGUCGCUGCUGAUAUCCCUUUGCUUCGCCAGAAUCUUGAUGAUGCACGGAAGCGAGAGAAAUCACUACUUGAGCGCGAGGGUGAACACAAGAAAUCUAUACGCGAAUUGAGGAAUCGAAUUUCGGAACUCGAAGAGGCGCUUCAUGAAGCUCAGAUGCAGAAGUUGAAUAUUCCAUCUCCUGCGAGAUCAUCAUCGGACGGUCUACAUGAAGAUCUACGAGCGAUGCGCAAUAGGCUCAAGGAAGCACAUAAGAUCGUAAUGGAACUCAAAACGAAGAAUCGAGAAUUGGAGAGGACCGCACUGAAGGCCGAAGAUCGAAGAGAUCUCCACGAACUACUGAAAUCGUCCACUCUGGAAGCCGAAUCGCUCGCUUUACAACUUUCCGAGAAAGAGCUUCAAGUAAACGAGCUCAAGGCAUCUAUUCGUCGAAUCCGCGAGGAGCGCAGCCUGGCGAUCAAGAAAUCCGACAAAACCAGUCAAGAAUGCAAAGCCCUCCAAGAACGGAUUGAUUCGCUCAUGGAAGAUGUUAAUGCUAAGACGAAUCGCAAAACCCGCCACGAUAAAGAGAUCCGGGGACUAGGAAAGGAGAUUAUAUGGCUCCGGACACGGCUCAGGAGAGAAGAGAAAUUCCGUCGUGACUUGGCUUGGAGUAAAGGGCUUAUGGAACUUGGUGAACGAGUUCGAGCAGCUUGCAACGAGGCCGAUCUUCGCAUGAUCGCUGAAAUGGGUAUCAACGCCCCCGAACCCAAGAAAGUCUAUGAUGCACGCCGCAAGAUCCGUACAGCAGGUCUUGCCGUGAUGGCUACUGUCCGAAUGCAACGCAUGAGUCAAGAGUGGACCAAGGUCAAGAAAAUCGGCGAGAGUCUUCGCCGUGCCAAGAAUGAGCUCGCUAUGAAACGAGACGGCCAGAGAAGACGCGAAGGGUCACUCAGUUUGAGAGAGAUUUCUAGCUCUUAG